UGCUACUGCAGCAAUAGACCGCGUUUCCAGCCCCAGCAGUUGGUCUUGCAGAAAUCUCGCAACCUGCUCCAAUCUUCCCCCUCACUUCGCCUCGUCACCAUUUUGCGUGUAUGGGGCUUUUGCUUUCUGUUCUCCUCUCUCUUCCUUGUUUGCAUGCGAGCUUUCGAUGCAUGUACAAGUGGUUGCAUGCACCGGCCUCACUGGCGUCGAAAUCUUGUCGCCCUGUGUGCCCGCCUCCAAGGUUCCCCGACUCCACGCCCACGGUCAUGCAGGUGUGGAUCAGCUUCGAAGUUCCAAGGUGUUUGCUAACGCUUGUCCGGGAGCGUUUCUUCUACAAAGCGUCCCCGCAGUGGGGCCUGCCAGUAUCCAUCACGAACUGCAAGUUUUUGAAGCCUCAAACCGGGGCCAAGGACCAUGGGCCCAUCGGGAAGGCCUGGACCCUGGAUUUUACUUUCGCAGGUUGUUCCAGUAUGAUGUUGACUUUGAGGCUCCGUCGAAAGAGCUCCAUCAAUGUGAAGCGUGCGCUGUCUUGUCAAGAAAGUCAUAGUCUGAGCGAAGUGUCCAACGAAACUAUCACGACUCGGGGGAGCAAACGCGGUUGCUCAUAAGCCACACAUCCCUUCUUCGGUGCCGAUCCCCGAUUCGCAGGCUGCGAUCAUCGCGACUCCAUUCUAGUCUUGGGCAAUAACGCAUUCAAAUCCUUCUUCGUGCAGAAGUUCCUAAGCCAGUUUGGCUUCAAUAUCCAUCACCGCUGGUUGCCGUAGGCUGC